CGUGCCGAGGGAUGCUGUGCGGGUUCGGGGCGGUCUGCGAGAGGAGCCCCACCGACCCCUCCCAAGCCUCCUGCGUCUGCAAGAAGACAGCUUGUCCUGUCGUGGUGGCUCCGGUCUGCGGCUCUGAUUAUUCCACCUACAGCAACGAGUGCGAGCUGGAGAAAGCCCAGUGCAACCAGCAAAGGAGGAUCAAAGUCAUCAGCAAGGGACCGUGCGGAUCCAAGGACCCCUGUGCCGAGGUGACCUGCAGCUUUGGCAGCACGUGCGUCCGCUCCACCGACGGCCAGUCGGCCAAGUGCGUCUGCCCCUCGUCCUGCAGCAGCGUGCCCGAGAGCACGGUGUGCGGCAGCGACGGCAAAGACUACCGCAGCGAGUGCCACCUCAACAAGCACGCCUGCGACAAGCAGGAGAACGUUUUCAAGAAGUUUGAUGGCGCCUGUGACCCGUGUAAAGGCGUCCUCAACGACGGGAGCCGUGUGUGCCGGGUGAACCCCCGCACCCGAAGGGCAGAGCUGCUCUCCCGCCCCGAGAACUGUCCCCCAAAGAGGGAGCUGGUGUGCGGUGACGACGGGGUGACUUACGACAACGAGUGCAUGAUGGGGCGCGCGGGGGCCAUCCGGGGACUGGAGAUCCAGAAGGUGCGUUCAGGGCAGUGCCAGCAGCAGGACAAAUGCAAGGACGAGUGCAAGUUCAAUGCCGUCUGCCUGAACCGCCGCGGCACCACACGCUGCUCCUGCGACCGCAUCACCUGCGACGGUGCCUACAGACCUGUCUGUGCCAGGGACAGCCGCACCUACAGCAACGACUGCGAGCGCCGGAAAGCCGAGUGCCACCAGAAAGCUGCCAUUCCAGUAAAGCACAGUGGACCCUGUGACCUGGGCACUCCCAGCCCGUGCCUGAGCAUGGAGUGCACCUUCGGGGCCACGUGCGUGGUGAAGAACCAAGAGGCCGUGUGCGAGUGCCAGCAAGUGUGCCAGGGCCGCUACGACCCCGUGUGUGGCACCGACAACCGCACCUACGGCAACCCCUGCGAGCUGGACUCCAUGGCGUGUGUCCUCAAGAGGGAGAUCAAAGUGAAGCACAAGGGCCCCUGCGACCGUUGUGGCAAAUGCCAGUUUGGAGCCAUCUGCGAGGCGGAGACGGGAAGGUGCGUGUGCCCCACGGAGUGCGUCCCCUCCUCGCAGCCCGUGUGCGGCACCGACGGCAACACGUACGGCAGCGAGUGCGAGCUCCACGUGCGGGCGUGCACGCAGCAGACCAACAUCCUGGUGGCUGCCCAAGGAGACUGCAAGUCCUGCGGCAGCACGGUAUGCUCCUUCGGCAGCAAGUGCGUGGGGGGCCAGUGCGUGUGCCCGCGCUGCGAGCGGCAGCCCCUCGCCCCCGUGUGCGGCUCUGACGGCCUCACCUACGACAACCCCUGCGAGCUGCGUGUGGCCUCCUGCCAGCAGCAGAAGAGCAUCGAGGUUGCCAGGACCGGGCCGUGCGAGGACGAGUGCGGCUCGGGGGGCUCGGGCUCCGGCGAUGGUAGCGAGUGUGAGCAGGACCGGUGCCGGCAGUACGGGGGCUGGUGGGACGAGGAUGCCGAGGAUGACCGCUGUGUGUGUGACUUCACCUGCCUGGCGGUGCCACGCAGCCCGGGACUGUCCUGAGCGCCUUCCCUCCCGGUGUGUGGCUCUGAGUGUGUGACCUACACCAACGAGUGUGAGCUGAAGAAGACACGGUGUGAAAAACGCCAGGAGCUCUAUGUCACUAGCCAAGGAGCCUGCCGCGCCCUGGUCACAACCCCCCCGCCUCUCCUGGUUGUGCACUGCAGCCAGACCAUCUACGGGUGCUGCCCAGACAACAUGACCCUGGCGCUGGGCGUGGGUGCAGCUGGAUGUCCAAGCACCUGCCAGUGCAACCCCUACGGCUCCUACGGCGGAGCCUGUGACCCUGCCACCGGGCAAUGCUCCUGCAAGCCGGGCGUGGGGGGGCUGAAGUGCGACCGCUGUGAGCCCGGCUUCUGGAAUUUCCGCGGCAUCGUCACCGACAGCAAGAGCGGCUGCACACCCUGUAACUGCGACCCGGUGGGCUCGGUGCGCGACGACUGCGAGCAGAUGACUGGGCUGUGCUCCUGCAAGACCGGUAUCACUGGCAUGAAAUGCAACCAGUGCCCCAACGGCAGCAAACUGGGCAUGACUGGCUGCGAGAAAGGUGAGGGAGCCACGUACCAGAGGGAUUGUGAAAUGAGCUGCGAGUUUGGGGCCUCGUGCGUGGAAGUCAACGGCUUUGCCCAUUGCGAGUGCCCGUCCCCGCUCUGCUCGGAGGCCAACAUGACCAAGGUGUGUGGCUCUGAUGGUGUCACUUACGGGGACCAGUGCCAGCUCCAGACCAUCGCCUGCCGGCAGGGACAGGUCAUCACGGUGAAGCACGUGGGGCAGUGCCAUGAGUCCAUCACUCACACAAGCCACCCCUCACCACCCACACCGCUGCCCACGCUGCCCUUGGACAAGUUAAUCCUUCCUCCACCGCUGCGGCUUACCACCCGGGCUCCGGAACCCACCGAGCUGGCUACCAGCUCCCUGCUGUUGGAAGCCAAGCCUACUGAAAGAGCUCACCCUACAACACGGCGCAUCACAACGGCCAGACCGGCCACUACGCCUUGGAUGACCCACGGGGUGUAUAAGACAACUGUCCGCCCGCUCUCCACCGCGCCGGUGGUCCUGGCCACCACCCAGCCCGCCUACGCUGAAUCGGGCAGCGCAGAAGGCAGCGGAGACCAAGAGAUGGGCGCCAGUGGGGACCAGGAAUCCAGCGGGGCAGGCUCUGCCGGGGAAGAGGAGGUGGAGGAAAGCCAGGUGACCUCAACCCCAGCCAUCGAGAGGGCGACGUGUUACAACACCCCGCUGGGAUGCUGCUCCGACGGCAAGACCGCGGCUGCUGAUGCAGAAGGCAGCAACUGUCCGGCUACCAAAGUCUUCCAGGGAGUCCUCAUCCUGGAGGAGGUGGAAGGCCAGGAGCUGUUCUACACGCCGGAGAUGGCUGACCCCAAGUCAGAGCUCUUUGGGGAGACGGCCAGGAGCAUUGAGAGUGCGCUGGAUGAGCUUUUCCGCAACUCUGACGUUAAGAAGGAUUUCAAGAGCAUCCGUGUCCGAGACCUGGGGCAGAGCAGCGCUGUCCGUGUCAUUGUGGAGGCCCACUUCGACCCAGCCACUUCCUACACGGCAGCUGAUGUCCAAGGGGCCCUGCUGAAGCAGAUCAAAGCAUCCAAGAAGACGACCAUUCUGGUGAAGAAGCCCCAGCAGGAACACGUCAAAUUCAUGGACUUUGACUGGAUCCCCAGGCUCUUCACCACUACCGUGACCACCACUACGGCCACCACCAUGGCACCCGCCACCACCCGGAGGUACACCACGGCCGCCGCUGCCGCCACCGUCCACGUCCAGCACCCAGACCCCAUGGGCAGACCCAGCGCCAAGACAGCAGGAGCUGGGAGCACCAGGAGACCCACCUCCACCCUCCCGGCCACCACCCGGCGCAAGCCCACGCGCCAGCCCCCCACCACCAAGAAACCCUUGCGACCCUGUGACUCCCAUCCCUGCCUGCACGGCGGCACCUGCGAGGAUGACGGGAAGGAAUUCACCUGCAGCUGCCCAGCCGGCAAAGGAGGAGCAGUCUGCGAGAAAACCAUCAGGUACUUCAUCCCCAGCUUUGGUGGCAAGUCCUACCUGGCCUUCAAGAUGAUGAAGGCGUACCACACGGUGCGCAUCGCCAUGGAGUUCCGCGCCGUGGAGCUCAGCGGGCUGCUGCUCUACAACGGCCAGAACCGCGGCAAAGACUUCAUCUCCCUGGCGCUGGUUGGCGGCUUUGUGGAGCUCAGUGGGCCCCGGUGGGGGGGGACCCGCACCCGCCGCAGCGGCGUGCUGGCCGUCGAUGGGGAGCCCCACGUCAGCGGCGAGAGCCCCCCGGGCACCGACGGCCUCAACCUCGACACCGACCUGUUCAUCGGGGGAGCGCCGGAGGACCAAAUGGCUGUGGUGGCAGAUCGUACCGCGGCUACAACCGGCCUGAAGGGCUGCAUCCGCCUCCUGGACGUGAACAACCAGAUGUACGACCUGCGGGAGAAGGGCAGCGAUGUGCUGUACGGCAGCGGGGUGGGCGAGUGCGGCAACGACCCCUGUCACCCCAACCCCUGCCACCAUGGUGGCAUCUGCCACGUCAAGGAGGCAGAGAUGUUCCACUGCGAGUGUCUCCACACCUACACCGGUCCCACGUGUGCUGACGAGAGGAAUCCCUGCGAGCCUUCGCCCUGCCACGUCUCGGCCACGUGCCUGGUGCUGCCAGAGGGAGGUGCCUUGUGCGCCUGUCCCAUGGGCCGGGAAGGAGACUUCUGCGAGCUAGUGACAGAGCAGGACCACACCAUGCCCUUCCUCCCGGAGUUCAAUGGCUUCUCCUACCUGGAGCUGAACGGCCUGCAGACCUUCGUUCCUGACCUGGACAAAAUGUCCAUGGAAGUUGUGUUCCUGGCCAAGAACCCCAGCGGCAUGAUCUUCUACAACGGGCAGAAGACAGAUGGCAAAGGGGACUUUAUCUCUCUGGCUUUACACGAUGGCUACCUGGAGUACCGAUACGACCUGGGCAAAGGGGCAGCCGUGCUCAGGAGCAAAGAGCCGGUUCCCCUCAACACCUGGAUAAGCGUCUUGUUGGAGAGGAAUGGGCGCAAAGGGGUCAUGAGGAUCAACAACGGCGAGAGGGUGAUGGGAGAGUCGCCGAAAUCCCGUAAGGUGCCUCACACCUUCCUGAAUUUGAAGGAACCGUUUUAUGUGGGGGGAGCCCCUGAUUUCAGCAAACUGGCUCGAGCAGCCGCCAUCUCCACCAGCUUCGAAGGGGCUGUGCAGAGGAUCUCCAUCAAAGGGGUGCCAGUGCUGAGGGAGCAGAACAUCCGCAGCGCCAUCGAGAUCUCCCCGUUCCGAGGCCACCCCUGCACCCAGAAACCCAACCCUUGCCAGAACGGAGGCACCUGCAGCCCCCGGCUCGAGAGCUACGAGUGUGCCUGCCAGAGGGGCUUCUCCGGGGCUCACUGCGAGAAAGUGAUCAUCGAGAAGGCUGCUGGAGAUGCUGAGGCCAUUGCUUUUGAUGGUAGGACGUACAUGGAGUACCACAACGCCGUGACAAAGAGCCACCUGACCAAUGAGAUCCCCGCUCCCGACGCGCUGGACUAUCCUGCGGAGCCCAGUGAGAAGGCAUUGCAAUCGAACCACUUUGAACUGAGCAUCAAAACAGAAGCCACUCAGGGGCUGAUCCUGUGGAGUGGGAAAGGGCUGGAGCGAUCGGACUACAUCGCCCUCGCCAUUGUGGAUGGCUUCGUCCAAAUGAUCUACGAUCUCGGCUCCAAACCAGUCAUCCUGCGAUCCACGGUCCCGGUCAACACCAACCAGUGGAUUCACAUCAAAGCAUACAGGGUACAGAGAGAAGGUUCCCUUCAAGUUGGCAACGAAGCCCCCAUCGCUGGGUCCUCUCCGCUCGGUGCGACACAGCUCGACACAGAUGGGGCCCUGUGGUUGGGAGGACUGGAGAAGCUGAGCGUGGCUCACAAGCUGCCCAAGGCGUACAGCACCGGCUUUAUUGGCUGCAUACGGGACGUGAUUGUCGACCGCCAAGAACUGCAUCUGGUGGAGGACGCUUUAAACAACCCCACGAUAUUACACUGCUCAGCCAAAUAGACCCCCAGGGACCCUUCCUUCUCCUUCCCUCCCUCCUGCCUAUUGCUGUAAUUAUUUUCUAUUUUUGUAAACUUAUUGCUUUUUAUAUUUUUGGGGGGGAGGGGGGAAAGGGAGGGGAGGAAACACCUUUUCUUUUGGGUUAUUUGUUCGGUUGCAGUCUAUCCAGGUCAGUCAGACUCUUAAUCAAACAGCAGCAACAAAGAACAAACCUUGAACCAAGUCUCCAAGAAGUGACAGAAGAUCUUCCCCGUUGCACCUGCGUUGUAAAUCUUUUUCAUACUUGAAGCUUCUUUUUUUUUUUUGGAGGGGGUUAUUUUUUUCCCCCCUCCUUACUUGUGUUCUUGGGUCGUUGUUCACGCCUACGGGGGAAAGGAUGCUGGUGCU